CAAGCUACGGUUACCACCUUGGAUCCAACGUGGAUUUUAAGAAGAUACUGUCAAAACUUUUCAAAACAAAUUAUCUGCGGUCCUCCGGGGCUUUUGAUUGAUUUUGCUGAAACUUGUUAGGUAGCAUUCAGUCAAAAUGGGUGACUGGAAUGCUCUAGGAAGACUUCUUGAUAAAGUCCAGGCCUACUCAACUGCAGGAGGAAAGGUUUGGCUUUCGGUUCUUUUCAUCUUUCGAAUCCUGGUCCUGGGGACGGCAGUUGAGUCAGCCUGGGGGGAUGAACAGUCUGCUUUCAAGUGCAACACUCAGCAACCAGGUUGUGAGAAUGUGUGCUACGACAAAUCAUUUCCCAUUUCCCAUGUGCGCUUUUGGGUCUUGCAGAUUAUAUUUGUCUCAACCCCAACACUAGUUUACCUUGCUCACAUUUUCUACCUAAUGCGGAAAGAGGAAAAAUUGAAUAAAAAAGAGGUGGAACUGAAAGCGAUCCAGAAUGACGGUGGUGAUGUGGACCUGCCUCUCAAGCAGAUUGAAAUCAAGAAGUUUAAAUAUGGUUUGCAGGAGCAUGGGAAGGUAAAAAUGAAGGGUGCUCUCAUGCGCACCUACGUUGUGAGCAUUAUCUUUAAAUCGUUCUUUGAAGUUGGUUUCCUGUUGAUACAGUGGUACAUUUAUGGGUUUAGUCUGGAGGCUGUAUAUACCUGCAGGAGGGAUCCAUGCCCACACCAAGUAGACUGUUUCCUCUCUCGUCCUACUGAGAAAACCAUCUUUAUUAUCUUCAUGCUGGUGGUGUCCUUAGUGUCCUUAGUGUUGAAUGUGAUUGAGUUAUUCUAUGUCUUUUUCAAAAGCGUUAAGGAUCGUCUGAAGGGAAAAGGAGUUCCUUUCUCAUCUGGUGGUGCAAUGAGCCCAACAUCUAAGGAUUGUGCCUCUCCAAAGUAUGCCUUCUACAAUGGCUGCACCUCUCCCACGGCCCCCUUGUCUCCCAUGUCUCCUCCUGGGUACAAGCUUGCCACUGGGGACAGGACCAACUCAUGCCGUAACUACAACAAGCAAGCCACUGAGCAGAAUUGGGCCAAUUACAGCACCGAACAGAACCGCCUAGGUCAGACUGGCAGCACCAUCUCCAACUCUCACGCACAACCGUUUGACUUCCCUGAUGAUGCCCAUGAUAAUAAGAAAGUAGCACCUGGACAUGAACUCCAUCCUCUAGCUCUCAUGGACCCCAGGCCCUUGAGUAGAGCCAGCAGCCAAGUCAGCAGCAGAGCUCGACCAGACGACCUUGAGGUCUAGCCCUAUUAACACUUUAGAGGAUACAGGCAUUAAGAUUCUAAAGGGGUGGUACUUUCCAUUUCACAGUUUCCAGUAGGAACUCUACUAAACCCAGAGACAUAAUAUACUUACAUUGUUGGAGGUACUAUCCAUUAAUGAUGACAUCAAAACUAGGGGCUAGCAAGUUCAUGAUACAGAUAGCUAGCAGGGGACAGUGAGUACAGUGCAAACAAACACAUUCAUGUGUUUCUGGUAUUUUUUAGCCUUGGUGAUAUGUUUCAUGAGAGAGAGAGAAAGAGAAAGAGAGAUUUUGUUUUUAUGCCCACACAAGUACAUUCCAUUUUGAUAUUUUGCACUUUGAUGUCACAUUGCUCAAUGUAUCUAUUACAAAGUAUUGUAAUGGUUUAAAGCAACACCUGCAUUUUGACUCCCAUAAUCUCUUUCUAAAACCCUGCAUAAUGACCUUUAUUCUUUUCAAGUUUCUAACUAUAUGAUGUAAAAAAAAUGGGUUUGCGUUAAAAUAUUUAUUUAUUAGUUUAAUAAUGCAGGACAUCCACCACUAGACAAUGAAUGACUACUAAUUUAGGUCAUUAUCAUAUUAAUAAUAUAUAUGAUUUCAAUAAACACAGUCACCAUAUUUAUUACUUAGUGUUCCCUGUUUAAACAAUAUUGUUUAUUAGUUUUUUUUUUUUUUUAAAUUUAAAUUAUAGACGUCUGUCAUUUCCUGAUAAACUUUGAAUUUAUGUGGGAUAGUAUUAGUAUUUGUUUGUUGUCUUGGGUUUUGUGGAACAGUGGGCAUAUUUUGUAUCAGUGCCUCAGAGUUUCAUGCAUUUAAAUGAGGAUUUUUCCACUUAUCUACACAUCAUAUUCCACACUGUUA